GAAGCCAGUCAUGUCGAAGGUUUUAGUCCAGAGCUGGCACUAGUUACCAUUGGAGGAGGAAAGGAACUCGAGGAAAAACUUGUGUGCAUAUUCAAUUCCCAGGGUAAAUGAGAACUAACGUACUCAAGUAAAGACUGCAGCUUCGGUGCCAUGAUUCUUAAUGGUUCGCUUCCAUUUUUGAGGUUCUGGCAGGUACGACCAACAAGUGAAACCAUUGUGAAUCACAUGUUUACACAAUGGAUUCAGAGCUAUCGUGAACUUCCUCUCAUGAUUAAUCAGUGGGCAAAUGUGAUGAGAUGGGAAAUGAGGACAAAGCCAUUUAUAAGGACUCUUGAGUUUCUUUGGCAGGAGGGCCAUACAGCUCAUGCAACACCUGAAGAGGCAGAAAAAGAGGCGCUACAAAUGAUUGAUGUCUACACAAAAUUUGCUUAUGAGCAAGCUGCAAUACCUGUAAUUGCAGGUAGGAAAUCAAAGGCUGAAACGUUUGCUGGCGCUGCUUGUACAUAUACAAUUGAAGCUAUGAUGGGUGACAGGAAGGCGUUACAAGCUGGAACCAGCUACAAUCUUGGCCAAUACUUUUCUCGUGCUUUUGGAACACAGUUCAGUGAUGAAAAUGGACAAAGACAAUAUGUGUGGCAGACCUCCUGGGCUGUCAGCACUCGUUUCGUUGGUGGUAUUAUUAUGACCCAUGGAGAUGAUACUGGCCUAAUGCUUCCUCCCAGAUUAGCACCGAUACAGGUGGUAAUUGUUCCCAUUUGGAAGAAAGCUGAUGAGAGAACAGGAGUCCUUAAUGCUGCUAUUUCUGUUGAGAAAUUACUGAAAACUGCUGGAAUCAAGGUCAAACUUGAUGAGUCAGAACAGAGGACCCCAGGAUGGAAAUUCAAUUUCUGGGAGAUGAAAGGCGUCCCACUAAGGAUAGAAAUCGGACCUCGUGAUGUUGCCACCGGAAGUGUAGUUGUGUCCAGACGAGAUAUCCCUGGAAAGCCUGGAAAAGAUUUUGCGGUAUCCAUGGAGCAUUCGGCUCUGGAAGCCCAUGUGAAGAGCAGGUUAGAGGAUGUCCAGGCAUCACUAUUGCAGAGGGCUACAUCAUUCCGUGACAGUAACAUUGUGGAUGCUAGCUCCUAUGAGGAGUUGAAAAGAGCAAUUUCUCAAGGAAAAUGGGCUAGAGGUCCAUGGUCAGCAAGUGAUGCCAAGGAGUUGAAGGUGAAAGAGGAGUCAGGGGCUACAAUACGUUGCUUCCCAUUCGACCAGCCUCAAGGGUGGAAGACUUGUUUCAUGACUGGUAACCCAGCUGACGAAGUUGCAAUUUUUGCAAAAUCUUAUUAAAAUUUGUUUUUUUCCUUUUCAAUCUGGAAGUUACAUAAAUACAUUUGUAGCUUCUCCUUGCUGAUGUAGGGUUGUGUAAUAUUAUUUAUUCAUAGUUUUGAGUGAUUCUAAUAAGCAUUUACGGAUAA